UGGUUACUGUUAUUUAAGUCAAUGGAUGAUGAUUCCAUGUCUAAGCAACUCCUUUUAAAAAUUACUUAAAUGUUUAUACUCUUUCUAUUACUUUGCCACCACCAAGUUGCAGGGUUAUUUUACAGUUCCCAACACUGCAACCCAUGAGUGAAACCGGCACUUCACCGUUAGACAAGGAAAAGAACUGCAUUGCAUUAAUGCCUGUUGCCAAGUUGAUGAGCAAUUCAUGGAAUGCAUAAGUAUAAAACAAGGAAAAGGACAGUUUUAUUCAUAUCUGUUUAAAGAUCUUUUUGGGUGUUGGGAAGAGUUUCUGAAAAAUAUAUUAUCCAGGGAACAUUGAGAUUGCAUCUUGGGUAGGCUUCUGGAUGAAUUGACAAAUUUUCUAUUGAACUUCAAACCAUAUAUUUGAUCUGUACUUCUGUUAUGUACUCCAAUGGCAUUCUUUCCUUGAGAUCAUGAAGCUAAUAGCGUUUGUAGCCAGCCCCAGAGACAGUUGAAUCUGGUGGAUGUUAAUAUAUAUGUAAAUCAUUUCAUUAAUUCUAUAGAUCUCUGUAAAUAGUAAAUACAAGCCUGUGAAUUCUUUUAUUUUUUGGUUGUUUUAUAAGAAAUGCAUAGGCCUCACAACAAACAUAAAUGGGGUCUCAGAUUUCAUGUUGCAAUUACUGCAGCACUAGCUUUUAUGACAUUAAGUGGUCUGUUCCGCUACUGGUCACAUAAUAUUGUGUCCUUCAGAGAUAAUGAAGGUGGUGCUGAAUCAACCUCAAGGGCUGCAUUCAUUGGGACUACUAAUGGCCCCCAUGAAAUAAAUCUCCUUGCAAGGAAGAUUGCCUAUCUGCAGGGCAUGCUAGGCCGCUCAAUGCAGAAGAAUGUGGACAUACCGAAUUCAGAUUGUGGGGUGCAGCUCAAAGCAGAGAGAUUGAAUCACAGCAACUUGCUCAUAGAGAUCGUGUGGAACUUAGAUAAAAUGCUUGAGAUCAUACAAUCUACUUCGAAUUUGAAGCAGGGACAUGAUGGGAUAGAAAUUAAAGAAUUGAAGUCGGAUUCAAAGCCAGAACCCAAUUCAGAGCCAGAGCUACAGCCAGAAGAAGAUGAAGAGGAAGAUGAAGAAAAUGGGUCUCUUCAUACGUCCAUGUUCCAUUCUAGUGAGCUCAAGAAAUAUACAGAACCUAAGGAGAACAGACAUGGUAGAAAGAACUUCAUGGGAGCCAUGGCAGCUUAUCCCACAGUUGGCCUAGCCUGCAUUUCUGAUAGCCUUAAAGCAGAGCAAUAUAUGCUCUACAAUGUGUCCGGGAUGUGCCCAGAUGAUUGGCCUGUAGCCCAGGAGCUGAUGGUGCAAGGCUGCGAUCCACCCCCUCGCCGCCGGUGCUUGGCUGCUAGACCCCAGGGAAGGGGCAGGAGCAGGGUCACCCCGCGCCUGCCUGUGCUCUCCGCUCUCUGGUCCCUUCCAGACGAUGGCAGCUUGCGAUGGACACACUACAAAUGCAAAGGUUUUGCCUGCCUCACUUCCAAAAAUAUUACCAACAGAGGAUUCCACAAGUGUGCUGAGUGCUUCAACCUUGAAGCUCAUGAAUCCAUGCGAUGGAUAGCCAACAAUAACAACACUGCAGAGUUUAGUGUGUAUGAAGUGUUGAGCCUAAAGGCACCCGGAGAGAUCAAAAUUGGCCUAGAUUUCAGUCCUGGGACAGGGACCUUUGCUGCCCUAAUGAGGUCCAGGAAUGUUACAAUUGCCACAGCAACCCUUAACUUAGGGGCACCCUUCAAUGAAAUGAUAGCUCUGAGGGGGCUCAUUCCUCUAUACAUUUCUGUGAACCAGAGGCUUCCCUUCUUUGAUAACACACUUGAUAUUAUUCACACUACAUUGUUUCUUGAUGGGUGGAUUGAUGUGGAGUUUUUAGAGUUUAUUGUGUUUGAUUGGGAUAGAGUGCUUCGGCCAGGGGGUCUUCUGUGGAUUGAUAGAUUCUUUUGCUCAGAGAAAGAUGUGAAAGAGUAUAUAGCAGUGUUUGAGAAGCUUAGGUAUGCAAAGCUUUUGUGGACUGUGGAGCCUAAACUAGACAAGAAUGGAGGUGAAGUAUUCCUUUCUGCUGUCUUAGAGAAGACUGUCAAUACUUAGUGAUGCAGACAACCUCUGUUGCUGCAAGUUAAAUAAAUCUGAUUUAUCAGGUAAAGGAUCAAACACAAUAGACUGAAGAAAUUAGGGAAAAAAUGUCUUCACCACUUGGAAAGAAGGAAAAACAAAUUGGCAAACGGUUGUGUUAUAUAUAUAAUCUUAUAGAAUCCGAUCCUCAAAUUUGUAAUUAGUUCUUUUCAUUUCUGGCUUUGAUCUGUAUAUAAUACUUUUUACCAUCAACGUUUCAGAUCAUAUUACAUGAUCUAUCAUCAAGAUGAAAAGAACUAAUAUAACUAAUACAAUAGAUUGUAGAAAUUGCAUGACUUCAAAAAUAUGACUUCAA